GUGGCUGCUCGGUACAUGGACAUCAAGGGGAAAAAGGGGCCUGUGGGGAUGCCCAAAGAGGCAACCUGUGACCGCUUCAUGUGCAUCCAGCAAGGCUCAGAGUGCGACAUCUGGGACGGGCAGCCCGUCUGCAAGUGCAAGGACAGAUGUGAGAAGGAGCCAAGCUUUACCUGUGCCUCUGAUGGACUUACCUACUACAACAAGUGCUACAUGGAUGCAGAGGCCUGCAUCAAAGGCAUUACACUCAAUGUGGUCACUUGUAGGUACCAUCUCACCUGGCCAAACACCAGCCCUAUCCCCCCAGAAACAACAGCUCGCCCUACCACUGCCUAUUCCGAGACAACAGUCGUUGAUAUCCUGCCACCUGCACUGGUGAACAACCCUGUCCAUCAGUCCGUCUACGUGGGAGAGACCGUCAGCUUCCUCUGCGACGUUUCAGGGAGACCCAAGCCAGAAAUCACAUGGGAGAAGCAGGUUGAUGGGAAGGACAAAGUCAUCAUGAAGCCAAACCAUGUCAGAGGGAAUGUCGUGGUCACCAACAUCGCUCAGCUGGUCAUCUACAAUACGCAGCUGCAGGAUGCAGGAAUCUACACCUGCACUGCCCAGAACACUGGUGGCCUCCUCCGGGCAGAUUUCCCUUUGUCAGUCAUCAGAGGAGAGCCCACAUCCAAGGAAACUUCCCAGAACAAAACACAUUUUCCAACUGAUGAGUGCCUGAAGCAGCCAGACAGCGAAGACUGUGGGGAAGAGCAGACCAGGUGGUACUAUGAUGCCAAGAAAAACAACUGCUUUACUUUCAUCUAUGGGAACUGCAACAGCAACCUCAACCACUUUGAGACCUACGAGAGUUGCAUGCUAACGUGCAUGAAUGGCCCCAUCAACAUCUGCAACCUGCCUGCCCUUCAAGGCCACUGCAAGGCCUAUGAGCCUAGGUGGGCCUACAACGGUUUGACAAAGCAGUGCCAGUCCUUUAUCUACGGCGGGUGUGGAGGCAAUGAGAAUAACUUUGAGAGCCGGGAGGCCUGCGAGGAGAUGUGCCCCUUUCCAAAGAACACUCACUGCAAGGCCUGCAAACCCCGCCAGAAGCUGGUGACCAGCUUCUGCAAAAGCGACUUUGUCAUCCUGGGCCGCAUCACAGAGCUGACCGAAGACCAAGACUCAGGACACGCCCUGGUGACGGUGGAGGAGAUUCUCAAGGAUGACAAAAUGGGAUUAAAAUUCCUGGGGAAGGAACCACUAGAAAUCACGCUUUUGAACAUGGACUGGAGCUGCCCAUGUCCCAACAUGACCACAGUGGAUGGCCAGCUCAUCAUCAUGGGGGAUGUCCACAAUGGCAUGGCCAUCCUACAGCCAGACAGCUUUGUGGGCACCUCCAGCAUCCGGCGCGUGCGCAAGCUCCGUGAAGUCAUCCACAAGAAAACCUGUGAGCUUUUAAAAGAGUUCCUGGGAUUGCAUUAA